GCACCAGAGACCAAACAAGCUCUUGGGGAAAGCCACCAUCCUUAGUCCCGCUCUCCCCGGCUUUAGAGAAAUAAGGAAACAGCAGGUUGAACCAGGACUAAGAGGAAAACAACUAAAGAAAAGACAAUGGCAGACCCACCGAGGCGCUGGAUCUGCAACGACUUGCUGACGUUCUUCAUGCUGCUGGGGACGCUGUGCGCGCCAGGAAAGGGGCAGAUCCGCUACUCUGUGCGGGAGGAGCUGGACAAAGGCUCCUUCGUGGGCAACAUCUCCAAGGACCUGGGGCUGGAGCCCCGCGAGCUGGCGGAGCGCGGGGUCCGCAUUAUCUCCAGAGGUAGGUCGCAGCUUUUCUCUCUGAACCCGCGAGGCGGCAGCCUGGUCACCGCGGGCAGGAUAGACAGGGAAGAGCUGUGCGUCCAGAGCUCUCCCUGUCUCGUCAGCUUUAACAUCUUGGUUGAAAAUAAAAUGAAAAUUUAUGGAGUAGAAGUGGAAAUCCUUGAUAUUAAUGAUAACUUCCCCCGGUUCCGCGAUGAGGAGUUAAAAGUAAAAGUUAAUGAAAACGCAGCUGCAGGAACACGUUUGGUGCUCCCCUUCGCGAGAGAUGGGGAUGUGGGUGUGAAUUCCCUCCAGGGUUACAAGCUUAGCUCCAACCGGCACUUCUCUCUGGACGUGAAGAGCGGAUCUGACGGGCAAAAACACCCAGAGUUGGUGUUGGAACAGCCCCUGGACCGUGAGAAGGAGUCUGCUCAUGACCUGGUCCUCACAGCUUUGGAUGGCGGAAACCCAGUACUUUCGAGCACCGUCCAUAUCAGCGUGACCGUUCUUGAUGCAAACGAUAACGCACCCUUGUUUACCCAAAGCGAAUAUAGGGUGAGUGUUCCGGAGAACACACCUGUGGGCACUAGACUCCUCACACUCACCGCCACGGAUGCAGACGAGGGAAUCAACGCAAAGUUGACCUUCUCUUUCCGCAACGAAGAAGACAAAAUUUCUGAAACUUUCCAACUCGAUUCUAAUCUUGGGGAAAUCUCAACUAUUCAAUCCCUGGACUAUGAAGAAUCCAGAUUCUAUCUCAUGGAAGUGGUAGCUCAGGACGGAGGCGCUCUUCUUGCCAGCGCUAAGGUGUUGGUCACAGUCCAGGAUGUGAAUGACAAUGCCCCAGAAGUGAUACUCACCUCCCUCACCAGCUCCGUCUCUGAAGACUGUCUACCCGGAACCAUAAUUGCGCUUUUCAGCGUACAUGAUGCUGAUUCUGGGGAGAAUGGAGAAAUUUCAUGUUCUAUUCCCAAAAACCUGCCCUUCAAACUGGAAAAGUCAGUUGAUAAUUACUAUCACCUACUAACAACAAGAGCACUGGAUAGAGAAGAGACUUCAGAUUAUAACAUCACAGUGACCGUUGUUGACCGUGGAACUCCUCCCCUGUCUACAGAAAACCACAUCUCUCUGAAAGUAGCCGACAUAAAUGACAACCCACCCACCUUCUCUCGUCCCUUCUAUUCCACUUCCAUCUCAGAAAAUAACCCCAGAGGUGUCUCCAUUUUUUCGGUUUACGCCUAUGACGCUGACAGUGGUGAUAACGCCCAAGUCACUUACUCCCUGGCUGAAAAUACAUUUCAAGAAGUGCCUGUGUCAUCCUAUGUCUCCAUUAACUCUGACACUGGUGUCCUGUAUGCAUUGCAAUCCUUUGACUAUGAGCACUUGAGAGACCUGCAGCUACUGGUGACAGCUAAGGACAGUGGGACUCCUCCACUCAGCAGCAAUGUGUCCAUGAGCUUGUUUGUGCUGGACCAGAAUGACAACAUUCCUGAGAUCCUGUACCCAACUAUUCCCACUGAUGGCUCCACAGGUGUGGAACUGGCACCACGAUCUGCAGAGCCUGGAUACCUGGUAACCAAAGUGGUGGCAGUGGACAAAGAUUCGGGACAGAAUGCCUGGUUGUCCUACCGCCUGCUCAAGGCCAGUGAACCAGGACUCUUCUCAAUAGGGCUUCACACGGGUGAGGUGUGCACAGCAAGGGCUCUGUUGGAUAGAGAUGUUCUCAAGCAGAGCCUGGUGGUGGCUGUCCAGGACCAUGGCCAGCCCCCUCUCUCAGCCACUGUCACACUCACUAUCGCUGUAGGAGAUAGCAUCCCAGAUGUACUGACUGACUUAGGCAACCACAACACACUGGCAGAGCCCCAGGAUUCAGACCUCACACUCUACCUAGUGGUUUCGGUGGCAGUGGUGUCCUGUGUCUUUCUGGGAUUUGUUACCGUGCUGUUGGCCCUCAGGCUGAGGCACUGGCACAUGUCACGCCUGCUUCAGACUUCCACAGGCAGAUUGGCCGACAUGCCCGCCUCCCAUUUUGUGGGCAUGGAUGGGGUGCAGGCUUACCUGCAGACCUAUUCCCACGAAAUCUCCCUCACUACAGACUCCAAAAAGAGCCACCUGAUCUUCCCCCAGCCCAAUUAUGCUGACAGGCUCAUUAGUGAAGAGAGCUGUGAGAAGAGUGAGCCUCUUCUGAUACCUCAUAAUAUACACACACACAAAGAAGAGCCCGGAGAUGCUCAGCAAGCCCCGCCCAACACUGACUGGCGUUUCUCUCAAGCCCAGAGACCCGGCACGAGCGGAUCCCAAAAUGGUGAUGAAACUGGCACCUGGCCCAACAACCAGUUUGAUACAGAGAUGCUGCAAGCCAUGAUCUUGGCCUCUGCCAGCGAAGCUGCUGAUGGGAGCUCUACCCUGGGAGGGGGCGCUGGCACCAUGGGUCUGAGCGCUCGAUACGGACCCCAGUUUACCCUGCAGCACGUGCCUGACUACCGCCAGAACGUGUACAUCCCUGGCAGCAAUGCCACGCUGACCAAUGCCGCUGGCAAACGAGAUGGCAAGGCUCCAGCAGGUGGUAAUGGCAACAAGAAGAAAUCGGGCAAGAAAGAGAAGAAGUAAUAUGGAGGCCAGGCCUUGAACCACAAGGCAGCCUCCCUCCCCAGCCAGUCCAGCUCGUCCUUACUUGUACCCAGGCCUCAGAAUUUCAGGGCUCACCCCAGGAUACUGGUAGGAGCCAGGGCCAUGCUCCCCGUUGGGAAACAGAAACACGUGCCCAAGCCAACACCCCCUCUCUAUACCCUAGGGAGUUGAAUAUGCAAAGAGAGUUCUGCUGGGACCCCCCUAUUCAAUCAGUGAUUGUACCCACAUGGGUAGCAGGGUUUGUGUGUGUGGACAUACACACACACACACACACACACACACACAAACCAUGCCACACUCCCUUAGUUACAGCUGAACUCCUCCAUCUUCCAACCCAGGCAGGCUUAUCCAUCUCCUGCCGCCCUCUCCCCACCCCACCCACUCCUUCAGUCCCUCUCUUUGAGCAAGGUAGCUGGGCUGUUGGGGUGACCGGUGAGCUAAGCCGGCUCCUAGUUCUGAACGGUAGGGAGAGUAUUACAAUCUUUUGGCCUCUCCUUCAGUUCAGCUUUCCCCCAAAGCAUGGUUUGGUACCAGUCUUCUCUUUUCCUUCCAGAGCCUGAGACCAAUGCUUAAGUUUUGGGGGAACAGGCACCCUCCCUCUGGUACUGAUGAUGCUUGCUGGAUUUUGGGAAGGCAUUUUGCUACUAAGCCUCUUUUCAAUGCCUGGGGACAACUAGUCUUUUGUUUUUCAUUGUUUGAUGUUCCCACUGCAUGCUGUGACUUCCCUACACCUCAAAGAAGAGACUCCUUUGCAUGUCUGGAGACAGUAGGGGGUGGUAAACUAAAGGGAAGUUGAGAGUGUAUACUGCUGGGAGUGGGGCAGUGGACAAAACAGCCUGUUAAUAGGGUCUUGCAAGGGGCUCUGUAUGUACCCAGGGGACUGGCUCAAUCCUCACAUUCUAGCCAUAGACAAACACCAGGCCAGACCCCUCCAUUCUGGUUCAGCCUGGGCAGCUUGGGCUGAGCCACCAGGACCAAUGGAUUUAAGCUGACAUUUCAGUCCAAGACGACGACUUCUAAGUGAGUUUAAGACCAGAGAGGAAAGAGGGGCCUCUGUGGGUGCUGGGUACUCCAGAGGUGCCCUUGGUGGGAGGACCAGUGGUCUUAGCAGGAAGGGGGGCCCAGCAAGGUCAUUCUUGGACCCUGGGUCUAGUCCAGUAGCUAGAAAAAGGGACCAAGUGGCCAUAAAGUCCCAGCCAAUGAUGGGGCUUUUCCAGUGGGCCCCUGUAGACCUCAAGCCCCUGGCCUCCACCUUACCAGGUGCCAUUUCUUCUCAGAAGGCCACUGCCCAGGCCCCCAGGCCGCCCCCUUGUGGCCAGAGAACGGUUAAAGCCCCCCAGUGCCUCCUUGUGCAUAGAACUUCCUCUGCCCUAGCCCUUACAGUAGUGUAGAAGAUCCCCCUCCCCCGCUGGUGUAGAAUAGCCAAUAGUAUAGUGUGGUGUGCUUUUACGUGAUGGCGAGUGGGCAGCGGGCGGUGGGCUGUACACAGCCGUCUGUCCUUUGAAUCUCAAUCUGCCUGCGCGGCCCGUGCUGUGUUUUGUGCUGUGUCCACACGCUGCGGCGACCCCUCCCUGUACUGACUUCUCUAUAAAAAGCUUCUCUUCGCAUAGUCACGUAGCUCCUGCCCAUCCCCCUUCCGAUAUCUCUCGCAAGUUUUAUACUCUAAUAUUUAUAUGGCUUUUUUCUUCGAAAAUUAAAAAUAAAAAAAUGGUUUCUUCUG